GACUCAGUAGGUGGCUCAAAGUGCAGGUUGGGGUGCAGUGACCGAUAGUUUGGGUUCCAAACACACACACCACUCAGAGACUUAGUCGCGAACGCACUCUGGAUUUCCAUCCACUCACUAUAGAAUAGAACUAUAAUAUCUAUAGAAUAGAACUAGAAUAUCUAUAGAAUAGAACUGUAAUAUCUAUAGAAUAGAACUAGAAUAUCUACAGAAUAGGUUGUGAUGAAGGAGCCUGGGUCCGUCCAGGGGUCUGUUGUCAUGACUACAGAAUAUCAUGACGACUUCCAAAAUACAGACACCAGCGACAACCGAGCCUUCUGGACCAAAGAGCCGGAGUCGGGGUUAGGCCAAGCGCACCAAUCAGGCAGAGGGAGAUGGAUGUGGGCGGGGCCUGCUCUGUCUGCUUUCUUCCUAUUGGCUCUGAUCAUCUUUGUCUCCGUCAGCAAUAGGAAUACUGACAGCAGGUUCUCGUCAAUAGAAAAGACUGUUGCCAACCUGAGUUUGGCUGUUCAGACUGUCAUCACCACUCUACAACAGAGCAAAGCCUCAGAGGCAGAGUUGCAGAAGGAGAUUGGAAGGCAGAAGUUCACCAUGGAAAUGACAGAACGAAAGCUGGAUUCAGUGUCGGAGUCGGUGAAGGAGUUCGAUCAGUUGGAGUCUCUUCGUUCUGCUGUAGCCGGAUUGAAGUGUUCCUUAGACAGAGUCUUGCACAACGACACAGUUUCAGGGUGCUGUCCACUUGGCUGGUUGUCUGGCUCCUCCUCCUGCUACUUCUUCUCGUCUGACGGGUUACCAUGGAACCAGGCUCGAGACUACUGCUCUAACUACAAUGCCCAGCUGGCUGUACUGAAGACUGAACAGGACUGGGACUUUGUAACAGGCAGUACCAAGCCGCUGUUCUUUUGGGUUGGACUGUCAGAUGAGAGGACAGGAGAAUGGGAGUGGGUGGAUGGAACACCUUAUAUCAUGGACCGCAGCCAGUGGAAGCCGGGCCAGCCUGAUAACUGGAAAGGCCAUGGUCUGGGUGGGACAGAGGACUGUGCUAUGAUACAUGCCAACGGACAGCUGAAUGAUGAUCACUGUUCCCGUAGUUACCGCUACGUCUGUCAGGGACACACACUGACACACACUCACUGAUACACACAUUGUAACUGACACUGAUAUACACACACACACACACACACACACACUGAUACACACACACACACACAGAUACACACAACUCAUACACACUGAUACACACACACACUGAUAAGUCACACUGACAUACACACACACCGAUACACACAUUGUAACUCACACACCGAUACACACAUUGUAACUCACACACUGAUACACACAUUGUAACUCACACACUGAUACACACACACACACACACUGAUACACACAACUCACACACUGAUAUACACACACACAACUCACACACUGAUAUACACACACACACUGAUACACACAUUGUAACUCACACACUGACACACACACACACACACCAACAAGCUCUCACAGUCUUACUGUAGAAUUAGACUUGUAUCCACGUUCUCCAAACGUUAAACUUCAAAGUGUUUUUGACACCCUGGGUGCUCAGCAUCGUUCAGUUUCACCAAAUGUCAAAUAAAUUAAGAGUUAAAGUUUGGGAUAGGGUAAAAAAUACAUAUACUGAACAAAAUUAACGCAACAUGGAAAGUGUUUUUCAUGAGCUGAAAUAAAUAGAAAUGUUCAAUAAGCACAAAAAAGCUGAUUUCUCUCACAUUUAUUUCACACAUGUGCAGUUUUGUUACACAAUACAAUGCUGACUGCAGGAAUGUCCACCAGAUCUAUUGCCAGAGGAUUGAAUGUGAAUUUCUAUACCAUAAGCAACAUCAUUUUAGAGAUUUUUGCAGUACAUUCCACCGGCCAGUAACCACGCCAGUUCAGGACCUCCACAUCCGGCUUCUUCACCUGAGGGAUCAUCUGAGGAAGGGGAGGGGGUGCUCAGGAGUAUUUCUGUGUGUAAUAAAACCCUUUUGUUGAGAAAAAAAUAAUUCUGAUUGGCUGGGAAUGCCUCCCCAGUGGGUGGACCUGGCUCCCAAGUGGGUGGGCCUAUGCCCUCCCAGGCCCACUCAUUGUUGCGCCUCUGCCCAGUCAUGUGAAAUCCAUUGAUUUGGACUUAAUUUAUUUAAAUUGAUGGAUUGAAAUUGAUGGAUUGAGACGUCCAAUUUUAAAGUCGAUCUCCCUUCACACACACACAAGGCAAUGUCUCCCCACAUAACACAAACAGCCAAGGUUCUGAUGUUCUGAUAUUAAACCACUACAACAUGUGUCAACAUGUCUGAUUUUCUGAUAUUAAACCACUGUAACACGUAUCAACAUGUCUGAUGUUCUGAUAUUAAACCACUGUAACACGUA